CCCUGGCGGCGCGCGGGGCGCGGGAAGAGGAUGCCCGAGGGCCCGGAGCUGCACCUGGCCAGCCACUUUGUGAACCAGGCCUGCGAGGGACUGGUGUUCAGCGGGCGUGUGGAGAAGUCCCUGGUCAGCCGCAACCCCGAGGUGCCCUUUGAGAGCAGCGCCUACCGCAUCGCCGCCUCAGCCCGGGGCAAAGAGCUGCGCCUGACGCUGAGCCCCGAGCCGGGCGCGCAGCCCCCGCGGGAACCCCUGGCCGUGGUCUUCCGCUUCGGCAUGUCUGGCUCCUUCCAGCUGGCGCCCAGUGAUGCGCUGCCCCCCCAUGCCCACCUGCGCUUUCACACGGCCCCGCCUGGCCCCCGGCAGGCCCUGUGCUUCGUGGACAUCCGCCGCUUCGGCCGCUGGGAGGUCGGGGGCGAGUGGCAGCCAGGCCGAGGGCCAUGCGUCCUGCUGGAGUAUGAGCAGUUCAGGGAGAACGUGUUAAGACACCUGGCAGACAAGGCCUUUGACCGGCCCAUCUGUGAGGCCCUCUUGGACCAGAGGUUCUUCAAUGGUAUUGGCAACUACCUGCGGGCAGAGAUCCUGUUCCGGUCAGUAGGCCGGCCACGGGUCCAAGGGCCAGGGGCUCAGUGUGCCCACACUCCCCUCUGCUUAGCACGGCCCCCUUUCCCACCCACCAGUCUGAGGAUACCCCCAUUCGAGAAGGCUCGCACGGUCCUGGAGGCGCUGCAGCAGCGCAGGCUGAACCCGGAGCUGACCCUAAGCCAGAAGAUCAGGGUCAAGCUGCAGAAUCCGGACCUGCUGGAGCUGUGCCACUUGGUCCCCAAGGAAGUGGUCCAGCUGGGGGGCAAAGGCUACGGGCCGGAGAGCGGAGAGGAAGACUUUGCUGCCUUUCGGGCCUGGCUGCGGUGCUACGGCGUGCAGGGCAUGAGCUCCCUGCGGGACCGGCACGGCCGCACCAUCUGGUUCCAGGGGGAUCCUGGACCCCUGGCACCCAAAGGGGGCAAGUCUUACAAGAAGAAAUCCAAGGGCGUGAAGCAGGGUCCUGAAGACACGAGUGAGGCGCCGAGCAAGGGGCCUUCCAGGACACGUAGGGCACGGAAAGCCCUUCCACGCGGGCAAACUGCAGCCCAGCAGCCCCAGGAGACCAGCCUCCAACAGGAUCCAGAAACCCCGCCAACCCCCAAAAAAGGGAAGAAGAGGAGGGGGCGAGCAGCAGCUUCUGGAGGCUCUCCCUCCUCACGCUCCUCUGGGGCCCUGCAGGAGAGGGAGGGUGGCCGUGCAGGUCGCCGCAGGCCCCGAAGGACCAAGGCUGACUCCCCAUCUUUGGAGCCGGGGGGACCUUAGCCUCUUAGCAAGGGCUCUCCUAGCUUGCCGCCUCCCCUCCCGCUGCCUUGCUCUGGAGUUGGGGGACCGUGAGGCUUCCUUGCCACCGCAGCAUCUACUGAAGGGUGGCCCUGGCGCUCUGGCUGCUCCCUGCAUAACAAUGUUUUUAACUGUACCUCACUUUUCCCAUUUUUAAAGGCUCCUGCGAAGAUUUUUUUUUUUUUUUAAAUAAACUGAUACGCUUGAAAUCCUUGGCCCUUUUCGGACUGGCUGGGAUGGCCAAGUUGGGAGGGCCUGCUGCAAGGCCACCUGCUCCCUAUCCUGUCCCCAAGGCCCUGGCUCUCAGAGUCUCCUCUGCAGGACAGUCCCUCAGAAGAAGUGUGGAAAUGCUGGUCCAGGCGCCACAGCUCCCCCAGUGCAGGGCCCUCAGGGCCUGUGGCUGCCCUGGAGCUUGGCUCUGACUAGUUAGUGAACCUCCGCUAGCAGGCCAGCCAGAACCCACCCUCCUGGUGCCCUCCCCAACCCCAGGCACUCUGCCUGCAACUCGACUCUCGUCAUCAGCUUGUGGUUGCAGGUCUCUCGUGGGGCUGCAGCCCAGCCCCUGCAAACACAGAUAGCCUUCAAUAUGGCCUGCCCUCAAGGAGGAAAAGUCUUCCCUGGAAGCCCAACACGGGGCCCUGAGGGGAGCAAGUGGGACCACCAGUACGGCUCCUGAGCCAGGAUUUAUUGUGCAAGAGGCGAGUCAGCCUUGGUUCCUGAGGGGAAGAACAAAAUACAAAAUCCAGUAACAAACUCCCACCUCAGGGACUCAGUUGGGUGGGGGCUGCAGAAUGAGCAUGAGUGACCGCACUUGGAAGGGAGUGAAGGUGAGCUUCAGGCGGGCGUCCUGCAGUGGCAGGUGGCCAGCAGGGAGACGCUGCUCCAGAAGGCUGCAGCUAGGGAAAAGGAAGAGGGGCUGUGAGGGUGCCAAGAGGGCAGGACCCCCACACCACCCAUGCCCCACACCCUACUCACAGGAAGGCCUCCUGAACUGGCAGGGAUGUGUGCAGCCAGCAGUCCACAUGGCUGCCGUGGGCCUCAUAGAGCCUCAGCACCAGCGUGCGGCCCUGGGGGCUGGUCUCGGCCUGAAGAGAGACAGGUGGUGGGUGGGCUGGACCCAAGCCAGGACAUCGGCCGCCACCCCGGGCGCAGCCCCCAAGCCCCUUGCCUGCUUCACUGUCUCCAGCACGACUGCUGGUGAGGACACCGAGAAGGCACUCCAGGUGGUGGCUGGCGCCCGGCCCGGGGCGGGCAGAGCCAACAAGGGGAAGUUGAGGCUGUAGGCAGCUUGGAUAACGCCAGCAUCUUGGAAGGAGCCUGAGUGUGGCAGGAAGGGACACAGGGUGGAAAAUGGAGGUGGGGGU